UUAGAUCCUCAGAAAGAUAUUUGCUAUAGUUCAUCGUCGAGAUUUGAAGAGAGUUUCAGUAAAUUUUUAAAAUACACAAAAUAAGGACUAGAUUAACAUAUCAAGCUGGCUCACCAGUUUUGGUUUUCGUUCCCCCCGCCGGGAGCGUCUGGUGGAAGUUCAUCAAGUACCCUCAACAGAAACGAUACCAAAGCAGGACCGACCGAGGAGGAAAAACAAAAGGAACGACAGAAAAAUGAAACAGCUGAGCGUGAACAACAAAAGCAUCAGAAAAUUGAAGCAGCUAUCUUUAAGCGUGAAGCUCGUGAGGUUCGACAACUUGACAAUGAGCUGCUAAACCAGCGUAGAGCUCAGGAAAGGGAACGUCAAGCGCAAUUAGGAUCUGAGCGCCACGCAGCAGCAAUAGCAGCCUCCACCGUAGUGGAGUCCGGAGCAGCCUUGGACACAUCGGGAUCUUCAGCUUUGACUAUUGACACCAAGCCAAACGAGGUAUCACCCAGCGUCAAAAGUGUUACGGAACAUCCUACAAUGUCGUUGAGGGAAGCUGGUCAAACGAAUCAGGACGAAGGCACGCAGCCUAUAUCUCCACUCAAUGCAGCUUUGUUCAACAAGACAUCUAGUUUAGAGUAUCAGGAAACAACGCCGGCGAUUCCUUUCGAAUUCAUUCAAAAUCGACAGGAUUCUACUGAAAGCGAAUUGUCAACAACUUAUUCACAGUCUCAAUCGGAGGCGUAUCAGAAGCUAAUGUGUCGCGCACCAAUAGCAUCGUUAGAUUGUAUGGAGGAAUUCAGUGGUACGACAGCACAGCUAGAUUUCGGUCGUUCAACUAGUUUGGGUUCGAAUCCGGCAAUCCCAGUUCGUAACAAUGCUACAACUACACCUGGCUUACGAUAUAAAAAUUUGGGAAAAAGCGGUCUCCGUGUAUCGAAUGUUGGCCUCGGAACGUGGCCGAUUUUUUCACCUGGUGUAUCGGAAGACCAAGCUGAAGCAAUUUUGCGAUUAGCUGUGGACAGUGGCAUUAACCUUUUUGAUCUGUCAGAAGCACAUUCUGGAACCCGUGCAGAAAUCGAAUUAGGAAAGAUCAUCCAAAAAGCAGGCUGGAAGCGAACGAGUUACAUCAUAACGACCAAAAUUUACUGGAGUACUAAAUCUGAAGAGCGUGGAUUAUCCAGAAAGCAUAUAAUUGAGAGUGUUCAAGCCAGUUUACAACGAUUGCAGUUAUCAUAUAUAGACAUAGUUCUCGUACAUAAGGCUGAUUCAAUGUGCCCAAUGGAAGAAAUAGUUCGAGCCAUGAACUAUGUGAUUUCGCAAGGAUGGUCGAUGUAUUGGGGAACUGCUCGGUGGUCACCAGUUGAGAUAAUGGAAGCAUAUACAAAUUGUAGACAAUUUAAUUGUGUUACUCCCAUAGUAGAACAAGCUGAAUAUCACAUGUUCUGCCGGGAGAAAGCCGAACUAUAUCUCCCUGAGAUGUAUAAUAAAAUCGGCGUUGGUUUCAUGGCUUGGGGUCCACUGUCAAUGUGCUUAGGAGAUACCCAGAACGGGGAGCGUUUGUGGUUGCCUAAAGGAUCAUUCAAAACCAAAAGUCAGAGCUAUUCUUGGACUGAAGAUGAAGUGAAUAAAGAAGAACGAUUGGAAGAAACCCGCAGAAUGUAUGACAAAGCCAGAGAUAUAAGUAACCUUGCAGAAAAAUUAGGGUGCAAUGCAAUGCAGUUAUCUAUUGCGUGGUCUCUCAAACAUGAACCAGUGCAAUGUUUACUACUGGGAGCGACUUCAGCUGAACAACUACAUCAAAGUUUGCAAGCUUUACAGCUGCUGCCACGGCUCUCAACCGGUGUUAUGUUGGAGAUUGAGCGAAUUUUGGAUAACAAACCUGUAAGGCCACCUCCAAUUUCAACACUAGCGCUUCGGUGACAAUCAGCCUGCCCCCCGGGGCCUCCUAGUUCAACAGGAGUGCCUUGUGGGGCAGAGUCUCCAAAAGAAGAAGACAUCAGUAUGGGCGAUGAUCAAAAAGAAUCACAAAAAAUUAGUUUCUGCGAAAUUCAGUGACAACAGGGGAAUUUAGACAGUAACAAAUUUUCCUUAAAGUCCUUGAAAUAUUCAGAAAAUCCCAAAGCCAGUUCCAGGAAAGAUACGGUUAAAUAUGCAAAAGUUUCCGAAUCUACCAGCAAUUUAGAAAUUUCACUUUUGUCCAACACUCGCUUAGAUAGUAAUUCGACUAAUACUAAAACAAACAAUAAUACAACCAAAGAUAAUAAAAGUGCACGCCAAUUAGAUCGCAAUAAGUCAAUUGAUACAAUGAUAACCAGUGCUAACGUGCAAAGCGAAAACUCAAAACAAAGCAAAGUUAAAAUUCGACGCAAUUCAAGUUUAAUUAGUUUCAAAUCAUUAGACAUUAGUCUAAAGUCGAUUUAUUCCUCUUUAAAAGGACAAAAAAAUAACGUAGAUAAAACUCGAAACGAAUCUGCAUCAUCACAGAAAGCUACCUGUAUCCUUCGUGCGCCAUAUUUAAAGGUGGAAACCGUCGAAAACGACGAAUCUCAGAAAUUGCUUCUGACCUAUGCUCAAUCACCUGGUGGUUCACAACAUCGAAGAAGUUUCGAUACUACUAGUUCGCAAUAUUUGAGUACGCAAACAAACUAUCAAGAGUUGACACAAUCGCCACAUGGAAGCUCAGUAUAUUUGUCUGUAAGUACCGGAAACAUUCGUCGUUCAUCUACAUCCGAUAUACUGGGCAGUCACAAUAGUAGCAGGAAAAGCAGUGUGCAGCAAUCGUCAUGUGGUUCCGUAUUGGAAAGUCGCAAACCUAGUACUUCUGACAUGCUUCGUAAGGCUCGUGAACGAAAAGGCAGUGAAGGAAAGAUUGGGCGUAGUAUUUCUCAAGGUGGUAUAGCUAGGGGAGGACUAAGGAGUAGACGAAUUAGCAUGGCAUAUUAGAACACAAAACCAAAGCCAAUGUAUUUUGGUCCAAUAAUACAUAUUUCGCAUUAUAUGCAUUUUGUUUAAUGUUGUUUAUGAGAAUUUAUUCAUGUAGUUUUACGUUUCCUUUCCUUGUUAGAAUCAAAUAUCGCAUUCGAUUAUAUGUACAGUUGUGUUCAGAAUAAUAGUAGUGGAAGCAGAUUUUCAUACAAAAUGCUCAACUUUGGCAUGUUGUACCUUUGUUCCCUUGUGAGCAAUAUGAAAUUUCGGCAGAGAACUACAAAUAUACUCAAUUUCCUUAUCACAAAUUGUGAAAUUUUUCACUCUACCGGUUAAAAAGUUAAGCACCUGGUGAAAUCACUCAAAAUAAUAGUAGUUUUUCAACAAUGUUGUAAAAAAAUGGAUUGUUCAUACAUUUAUAGCUUGAGUGGGAAUUGUUGAAACGAUGAGUGAAGAAAAUUUCAAAAACUCAAAAUACAGCAGAUAAUUAUGAAAGCUACUAUUAUUUUGAGCGAUUUCACCUGGUGCUUAACUUUUUAACCGGUAGUGUAAAAAAUGUCAUAUUUUGUGAUGUUGAAAUUGAGUGUAAUUGUAGUUCUCUGUCAAAAUUUCAUGCUGGUUGCUCAUAGCAAAACAAAGUUACAGCAUGCCAAAGUUGGGCAUUAUGUAUGAAAAUCGGCUUCCACUACUAUUAUUCUGAAUACAACUGUAUAUUUUUUAUUUUUUUUUUUCAUUUGAGGGCCCAACAGCAAAUUAAUUUGAGUGAUAUUUUAAUCAGGUUUGAAGUUCUAAUAUUUUCAAGCUUUUCAAAAACUCUUUUAAUUAUUUUCCGUCCAACAGUGAAAAUUUGGCUUGUUUAGACCUUGUAUGACAAAAAAGUUAGUUAUAUUUUUUCAGCUACACCCAUUGAUUUAAAUCCGCCUAAUUAGAAAUUUUCCAUUAUGUAAUUCGUUACUGUUUUAUAAUACCAUGAUUGUUGUCAAAUACAGAUCAAAUGCGCUAGAUCAAGUAGUAAAAUAAUUGAUUGUAUGAAAACGUUAAUUGCUUUAUAAAAGUAGUAAUAAUAACAAAUUAAAUUAUUUUUUUAGUUUGCUUAAUUACACCACACAUUUAGGACUGUGAUUUUUUUAAACACACGCGAUAAGAGAAGGUAUCAUGUAUUUGAAAAUGUAUUGAUAUGGAUCAAAGGAAUAAACGUAUGUUUUUGAAUACACGAUAACACCCACUUUGUGACUUUUGACGUAUAGGUCUUAUUAGGUCGUUGGAAAAACAUUUUAUUCUUAGCUAAAAGUAACGAAAGCCAUUUUUUAUGAAUCGAUAAAAAGUAGAACUAAAUUGAAAGUCGAAAACAAUACAAAAUCGCAAUAACGUAUCGUAUAUUUUAUAAUGAUUGAAAAAAUCAAGAAUUGAAUUAACAAACAACUAGUUGCAAAGACACAUUUAUGUAAUGAAGAUGAUAAAAAUAACAACAU